CCCCAGAGAACUUGGCUAGCCCCUGGCACUCCCACUUCCUCAAAGCUAUGAGACAGGCAGGAGUGUUCUCCUUAUGUGACUAGGCACAAGUUCCAAGUGGGGAGGGGACUGGCUCAGCAUCCGGAGCCAAAACAGGAAUAGAACUGGGAGCCGAGCCUGAAGCAGUUCGGGCUUUGGGUUCUCUGCAUCAACACAGCCAGUAUGCCUAUGAUUUCUGUGCUGGGCAAAAUGUUUCUGUGGCAGCGUGAAGGGCCUGGAGGAAGAUGGACUUGUCAGACAAGUCGCAGAGUGGCUUCAGACCCUGCCUGGGCUGUGGAGUGGAUCGAACUCCCUCGAGGUCUUUCUCUGUCUUCCUUGGGAUCUGCUCGGACUCUCCGAGGCUGGAGCCGGUCCCCGCGUCCUUCUUCUGUAGACAGCCAGGACUUGCCAGAGGUGAAUGUUGGAGACACAGUCGCGAUGCUGCCCAAGUCCCGGAGAGCCCUAACCAUCCAAGAGAUUGCUGCGCUGGCCAGAUCUUCCCUGCAUGGUAUUUCCCAGGUGGUGAAGGACCACGUGACUAAGCCCACAGCCAUGGCCCAGGGCCGUGUGGCCCACCUCAUCGAAUGGAAGGGCUGGAGCAAGCCCAGUGACUCACCCGCGGCGUUGGAGUCAGCCUUUUCCUCCUAUUCAGACCUCAGUGAGGGCGAACAAGAAGCACGCUUUGCAGCAGGAGUGGCCGAGCAGUUUGCGAUUGCAGAAGCUAAGCUCCGGGCAUGGUCUUCAGUGGAUGGUGACGACUCCACAGAUGACUCGUAUGACGAGGACUUUACUGGGGGAAUCGACUCAGACAUGGCCGGGCCUCUGGGGCCCCACCUCCAGGACCUCUUCACAGGUCGUCGAUUCUCCCGGCCUGUGCGCCAGGGCUCUGUGGAGCCCGAGAGCGACUGUUCCCAGACCGUGUCUCCAGAUACCCUGUGCUCUAGUCUGUGCAGCCUGGAGGAUGGGUUGCUGGGCUCCCCAGCCAGGAUGACCUCCCAGAUGUUGGGUGAAGAGCUGCUCCUUGCCAGACUGCCCCCGAGCCGGGAAAGUGCCUUCCGCAGCCUGGGUCCACUGGAGGCCCAGGACUCACUGUACAAUUCACCGCUCACAGAAUCCUGCCUUUCCCCUACCGAGGAGGAGCCUGAUUCUUGCAAGGACCACCCACUGCUCUGCCCACUGCCUGGAGGCAGCUGGGAGAGGCAGCAGCAAGUCUCUGAUGUGGCCUCUUCUGGGGUGGUAUCCUUAGGUGAGGACGAGGUGGAGCCUGAGGACCAGUGACCCAGACAUUCCGGGUGGUGGCAUGUUUCCCCUGGCUGCUGCCCGGGGCAGAGCCUCUGCGGCCGAAAUGUGGGCUCUGGAGCUCCGAGGGCUUCUGGGAGCACUCACUUCUCCAUUGUGUUUUGCAUGAAAGUGUUCGGAGAGGAGGCCGGGGUCAGACUAGGGGCGCAUGUACUGCUUCCACUUUUGGGGUUGCCGGGGUUUGCCGGGGACCCCUGGGGCAUGGCUACAGCUGUGGCAGACAGUGACGUUCAUGUUUCUUGAAUCCAAAAUGCCACAUUUCCUUCUGGGAUGUGAACCUGAGGGGGUGGUUGUGGCCGGGCUGGAGGGUGGGAUGGAGGAAACCUGCCCGCCUCCUCCGCCCGUCCCUGUACCCCUUCACCCGAGUCCGAGCGCGCGCAGUGCUUGACUGAACCGCCUCCACCCGAGGGAGGGCUCCUGCCCUGCUGGAGUCUACAGAGUGAGCCAUCCCCUAAGGGCCCCUCGCCCAGCUGGGCUCCCCUGUGCUUAACCUCUCCAUUGUCUCUAAACCUUUUUUCCCUGAAGACAGGGGGUUUCUGGUCUGUUCUUUGAGCCGAUCUUCUCUGGGCGGCACUGGAAUGAUGAGAGGGUGUGUCCCCCCUUCCCUGCCCCUCCCUCCCCUCAACCCUGGCCCUUCCCCAGCAUGGCAGGGUUGUGUGGGAACAUCCAGAGUUCUCGGUAGGGUGGAACUGGAAAAGGACAGCCUCUGGUUGUUCGCGUGGGGAGUGCCAUGUUCUUUCACAGAGGACCACAAGGGGGCCACCUGGGUAGCUGAAGGUUUGUGCUAAUGAAUGGACAGUCGUGAGGGAGUGGUCAUCCUUGGGAAAGAGGGUGUGCUUUUCUUGGCUGAAUGGAAGGCUAUAGCCACAGCGUUAGGGGGCCCUGUCUCAGGCAGGGUGCUGCUGACCAGGAGGCCCCUGGCAGAUGUAGAUUCCUCGGAGACUGGGGUUAGUAGGUGGCUGUGGAAUGAGUGUUAAUAGGCUUGGGCAGGUAAGAGGAUCCAAGGUGAAAACAUGAGCCAACAGCACAAGUGUUCCACACAUGAGUGGCUGAUUAGGUGUUUAUUCUAUUUAUUGUUUUAUUAAAUUAAUAUAAAAAUCUUUGUAAAUUUC